AUGGCUUCUACCGCCAACUCCAUGUCAACUGCCAACAGUGCGUCUGGCAAUACCGGCAAUGCAUCCAUCCAGAAUCCAAGCGCGAGACCCUCGCUGAGGCCCAGCGCCAGCACCAAGGCGUCGGACGGCAGUCGACGACAGUCGGGCAGUCCUCUCGAUGGGGGACAGAGGCGCAGUAACUCCCAGCGGGCGUGGACCCAGGGCACAAAUCCGAUUACCCAGAGAUCCUCGUACACGCAGCAGAACGGAAAUAUGUCUCAGAAACAGUCUCCUUCCCCCAGACCGACUCCCAAGGAAUCGAACACGCCCGACAACCAUGCACACGACCGCCUCGUUUUCUUGGUCACCAGCUUUAUUGGUUUGACUGCGACUAUUACCACGAAAAACGGAGAUAAAUUUAAUGGAAUCUUUUCCUCUUCGUCUCUUGAGCCGACCGACUCUUCCUUUGCCCUUAAGAUGGUACAGCGGCAACAAAAAGAAGAGCAGAAGCGGGCAAACGGCGUUAGUGAAACGGCAAGCCCGUAUAUGGGAACGGCGCCUGAUCACACGGUGUCGUUUGACAUACGUGAUGUGGCAGACAUUGCGGUUGCCAAUGUCUCCACCUCCGAAGUCAUCGCGAAACCCUCUAAUGGUGCCUCGAGUGGGUUUAGAACCGACGCUGAUAUUUCCGGAAACCUGGCGAUGCGUGAACGGACACUGAAACGGUGGGAACCCGCUGCAGACACGGACGUCGACUUGUCGCUGGAAGGCGCAUCGGCGUCGGCCGGCUGGGAUCAAUUCGAAGCCAACGCUCGACUCUUUGGUGCCACCAGUAGCUACGACGAGAAUAUCUAUACCACUCGGAUUGAUCGAUCCGACCCGACUUAUAGGCAGAAGGAGCAAGCUGCCGCUCGUAUCGCUCGCGAGAUCGAGGGUGUCGAGACGGAGAAUGCUCACAUGAGGGAGGAACGAGGGCUGGCCACGGCCGAGGGCGGUGACGAGGAAGACAAGUACAGCGGUGUCCGCCGUGAUGAAAAGAACUUCCCCCCCUUGGUGUCGGGACAGCCAAACAAGUAUACUCCACCUGCUCGCCGUCAAGCUGCUGCGCAAUCUGCGGCCAGUGGGACCCCUGCCGCCGCGCCGCCCAAGGAACCUGUUAAACCGCAGGUGCAGCCCGCCGCGCCCGUGGCCCCGACAGGUGCUGCCGCUGACGCAGAACAGAAACCGAUCCCUGGCAAGUCCUCGCCAGCUGCCAAUGCAGCCCCUAAGCGUGCCGCCGCGGAGAAUGCUUCUGCGAACGUGGAAACGGAAGUGCUGGAUCAUUUCCGUCAAUUCGCCAACACGGAGAAAAUGAAGAUGCAGGAACGCCGCCGGAACCAGGCCUCGCAUGACCGGAACAUUAAACUGAACGAGCUGAUGAAAUUCUCGCAGAACUUCAAGCUUGGUACGCCGGUCCCCAAGGACUUGAUCCCGAUCCUUGCCAAGGACCCUCAUAAGCAGGAACAGAUCGUCCAACGGGCCCAGCAGCAUGUGGGCGACAAGCCUGCAUCCAAAUCGCCUCCCACGACCGCCAGCAUCGAGCAGAAGCCUGCUGGUCGUGGUUCUGGUACCGCCCGUCAUGACGGUGGAACGCUGCCCGCAGCGCCGUCUGAACGACCGACCUACCCUCGCGGGCGUCAGAUGUAUCCCCCGGCCGGUCCACACGCCGGUCCCGGUGGGCGGCUGCCACAUCAAGCCAUGCAGCAACAGGGCCGUCAAGCGACUGGGAUGCUGGGCCACCGCCUGGCCGACAAUCUUCAGCAACGGAAGGGGGCUGCUAUGGGACCAGUCCCGGCGCCUCUGCCCAUCAACGAUGCCCGCUUGCCCCCAACCGGACCGGCCGCUGAUCAACCAGGCAUCACCAGCCCGAACAAGGCGCAGACCCCGAACUCCGCCGCUUCGACCAAAUUCAACGUCCGGGCCCUGGAGUUCAAGCCUAACCCGGCCGCCAGCACAUUCACCCCCGGUGCCUCGUCGAACUCCUCACCGUUUGUGCCCGGUCGCUCCGUAUCCCGCGCUACCAGCCCGUCGGCUUUCUUUGGCGGGAAGAAGCUGCGGCCCCUCGCUGAGCGCCCGUCUCUCAACGACCAGUUCAACCCCAUUAAACGGAUGAGGAAAGAAAGCACAGAACAGGCGGACAAGGACUACGCCUUCAAUGGCGGCAUUCCUCCGGCAUACAAGACCCUCCCCACCUGGGACGUCGCCGAAGGGAACGAAGACAAGACGCAUGAUCAGAUGUUCAAGGCACCCGUUGUCUCGCCGCAGAAUCGUUCGACAUCGAACCCUCAGGUUCCUCAGCAACCACAGAUGCCGUUCCAAUUCCCCCAGGCGACAUCGGGUAUGCCCCCUACCUCGGGCCCACCCCACGGACCUCAUCUGCAUCCGCAGCAGCACCACGGAUCUGGCCCGCCUCAUUUUGAUGAUCCCCACCGGAUGCAGAUGUCUGCAUCGUCCUCACAAAUCUUCCCCUCCCCGCGUCUUCAGCCCGGCUAUCCGUCUCCUAUGGCGCCGCAUGCCCAGCUUGCGUUCGGCCAGCCGGUGCCGCAAUUCUACCCAAACCCCCCGCAGCCGGCUCCCGUUAGACACUACCCGGGGACCCCUCAGUUCAUGAACCCUGCAAUGGGUGGCGCCCCCAUGAUGGUCCAGCAACCUUCCAGUGGGCCUUACAUGGGUGUUCCACAGGGCAUGGCACCGUAUACGCCGCAGAUGCAAAUGUAUUCGCCUAACCCGAGCCAUGCGUAUCCGCAGCAUGCCCCCCCUCAGCCGCACAGUGGCUAUCCGAGCCCGAGUCGGGGUGCCCCUAUGAUGAUGCAUCAGAAUUCCCAACCUGGUCAGCCUCCACAGCCGGUCAUGUUUAUGUCCCCCGGCCAACAUGGACAGCCGGUUUAUCCCGGCCAGCAGCCUGGGCACAUGCCGCCGGUCCGGGGAAACUAUCCUCAACAGCAGCAACAACCGCAUUUCCAAUCUAGCCCUCAUCAAGCGCAUCAUUACCCGCCCCAUCAACAUCGCACGCCCAGCAAUGGCUAUAAUCAAAUACCUCAAAUUCCACCUCAGGCCGCCUCCCAGCCAUCACCCUCCGUUGCCUCUGGUCCACAGGCCCCGGAGGCUGCCGAUGAGGCGAAAUGA